AUGAACGCCAAUCUAUUCUACACGCAGCAACGGCCUGAGCAUCAACAUCACGGCCCGCAGCAGCAGCAGCAGCAGCAACAGCCCGCGGGUUCGGGAUUUUUACUUCCCGCGGCUCCGUUUACUGCGGCGGGGCCCGGAGCCACGAAUGUUUUUGCCGGCUUUUGUAUGCCGCCAAGUGCCCCAUGUCCACAACAACAACAACAGCAACGGCAAGAACAGGGACAGACGCUUGAAAGCAACGUGGCAGCAGCAAAUGGCUUGUUGCUUGCCACACAACUUGAAGCAAAGGAUGGAAGACGUGGCACCGCCUCUUUUUCAGGGGCAAUACCUGACGUGUCCAAUUCAAUCUGGGCAACGCAGGAGCCAAAUUCCUCGACGACAACAGCACUUCAGAGUUUGAACGCUAGUAACUCGAUAAACUACCCUCCUUUUGGCAUUAAGUACAUGGUUUCACCAACCAAUGCGUCUGCAUCCGCUCAGGAGACACCCAAUCAAACGUACCUGUAUCCAGUUUCUAUGCAGUCCGAGGAAGCUGCCCCAACUCUUAUGCUUCUUCCAACUGGAAGCAAAGAUGGAUCUAGCUCUAUGAGUCCUGCGUACUAUG